UCAGUCUUCCUUCCCGCCUUUUUUGCUUUGAUGUUUCUGCUUGGACUGGCUUGGGUGGCGGUGGUCGUCCUUGUCACGUUCGCCACACUCUGCCUGGCAUGUGGCCUGUACUAUCUGGCCGAACUGGUCGAGGAGCACACGGCGAUGGCCAAGCGGGUCAUCUCGUACACCAUCUAUGGUAUCAUGGUGAUGCACAUUCUCCUCAUCUUUGAUGGAAUUCCCAUCUGGCCAACGGUCAUUGUGGGUCUUGCUGCGAACGGCAUCUACCUCCGCCUGCUUCGAACCUACCCGUACUUUACCGUGUAUUCCUUUGAAUUUAUCGGCAGCUGCGUCAUGGUGUUUGUGCACCAUUUCGCGUCCUUCUCAGUGUUUACUGCCCAGUACUUCCCGUUCUUGCACAUUGUCGCCUACUUUACUCUUUGCGUCUGGCUGAUCCCUUUUGUCUUUUUCAUUUCGCUCUCCGCCAACGAAAACACGCUGCCAACAGUUGGCUCUGCGCCUUCUCAAAGUUCAGACCUCGCUGGUGGACCGUCGGACGGGUCCCUUGGCCAUGUUCCGCGUGGCAAACGAAACGGCCUCAAAGCCCUGCUGGGCUGGGUGCAGCUCAAGGCCGACGAAUAUUUCCCAUCGCGCAAGAAGCGAUUGAUUUGAGUCGGCACCUUUCUGCUGUUGUCGUUGUUUUCAGCUCCCUGUCUGUUCACACUAAACCUGUCCUUCUCC